UUUAAAUCUGGAAAAAAUUUCUGUUUCAAUUUAUGUGUACAAGUUGAACAUGGUCCUGAAUAAUCGAGAUGAUACCAUCGCCAAUCGCUGUAUGUAUGAAUUUGGGUCGGUUCUUCCCACUUCCAGACUAAUCAUAAAAGCUUUGUCUUACUGCAAAGAAAAAUUUACUCAUGGUUCCCUCUAAUAAAUGCUCGUCUGCCGAAAAUUCAAGUUUGAUGCUGAAGUUCAUCGAUUCACGGUUUCCGGCACAUAUUGUCUGUUGUGGUUGACAGAGACAUUGGGCAUGCCAAAAAGAUGUUUCUUGUUGAUUGCAGAUAUGUGGCUGAGAUUCAUAAGGUGAUGCCCUUGCUCUUGAUGCCUCACUUCAUUCUUGCUAAGAGUGGACCACAAGUUUUUAGCUCAUUCAUUAGCUAUUCCUUGAAGCACAAUAGGCACACAAGUUUUUUUUCAGUGCCUGUUCUGCUGAUACUUGAUCCGUGUGAAGACGGUUGAGACAACUUUCUGCCAUGUGUAUAUAGUUUUAGUUAAACAUACACUUCAUAAUAGCAAAUGAUUUAGAGUUUAAGUGGGUUGGGGAAGUUGUGUAAAAGUUCGUAUGGAGAGUAAACCAAAUAUCUUAAUGCAAAGAUAUGAGCUAGGAAGAUUACUCGGUCAGGGAACCUUUGGAAAGGUUUACUAUGGUAGAAGUGCAAUAACUAACCAGAGUGUGGCUAUUAAAAUGAUUGACAAAGAUAAGAUUAUGAGAACGGGGCAAGUUGAACAAAUCAGGCGUGAAAUAUCUGUUAUGAGAUUGGCUAGACACCCCAAUAUUAUUCAGCUGUUUGAGGUUAUGGCUAACAAGAGUAAGAUUUACUUUGUUAUGGAGUAUGCCAAAGGUGGUGAGCUCUUCAACAAGGUGGCCAAAGGAAAACUGAAGGAAGAUGUGGCACACAAGUAUUUUAAGCAGCUAAUUAAUGCUGUGGAUUAUUGUCACAGUAGAGGUGUGUUCCACAGAGACAUAAAGCCCGAGAACAUUCUAUUGGAUGAAAAUGGAAAUCUAAAGGUCUCUGAUUUCGGAUUAAGUGCUCUUGUUGAAUCCAAGAGGCAAGAUGGUUUACUACAUACCCCUUGUGGCACACCUGCUUAUGUUGCUCCUGAAGUCAUCAAAAGGAAGGGAUAUGAUGGCACAAAAGCUGAUAUAUGGUCUUGUGGAAUAGUUCUGUUCGUCUUGUUAGCAGGUUAUCUCCCUUUUCAUGACCCAAAUUUGAUAGAGAUGUAUAGGAAGAUAAGCAAAGCAGAAUUAAAAUGCCCUAAUUGGUUCCCACCUGAUGUAUGCAAGUUAUUGGGCAUGAUGUUGGAUCCAAAUCCUGACACUAGGAUUCCCAUAUCUAUCAUUAGGGAACAUUGUUGGUUUAAGAAAGAACCUAACGUUAAAAACAAAAGACCUGUAGUGGAAAACAAUACUGUAUCUUCUUCGGGUACUGUUCUUCCUGAUCAAAAUGAUUGCUGUGAUGGUUUAGCAGCGGAAGCAAACGGAGAGUCAGUUGCUCCCUUAAGUAUAAAUGCCUUUGAUAUUAUCUCCCGUUCGGCGGGUUUUGAUCUAUCUAGAUUCUUUGAUGACAGUUUCCGGAAAAAGGAAGCAAGAUUUAGUUCAAGGUUACCUGCAAAUGUCAUCAUCUCCAAGCUGGAAGACAUUGCUAAGCAACUGAGGAUGAAAAUAAAGAAAAGGGCUGGGGGUUUGUUGAAAUUAGAGGGCUUGGAGGAAGGUAGGAAGGGGGUUUUAACCAUUGAUGCAGAGAUCUUUGAAGUUACACCUUGUUUCCAUUUGGUGGAGGUUAAAAAAUCAAAUGGAGACACAUUGGAGUAUCAGAAAAUAUUGAAAGAGGAUAUCAGGCCUGCUCUUCAGGACAUUGUUUGGGUCUGGCAAAGUGACCAACAACUGCAAUCACAACCGUCAGAGCAAGAACUACAACAGACAGAUGAUCAGCAGCAACAACAAUCACAGUCAUAGCCUGUUUUGAGAUGUCAUGCUUACUGCAUUUCAUGGCAAUCCCAGAUAUUUCUUUUUGAUUUUUUCCAGAUUUUGCUUUUUGCAUAUCUUGCCUUUCACGAUGCUUUGACCUCUCUGUAACACCUAUUCCUAAUUUUUAGUUGUUUCAUCUUGUUGUAGAAUAUCUUGUCUCAAUUUUUUUGCAAAGUUGUA